CCCCCCCCCCCCUUUCCUCUCUACUUCACUCUUUUCUUCCUUUCUAUUUCUCUCUCAUUCAAAAGCGUAGGUAACGCCGUAUUCUCUCUCUUGUUUUAUUCUACUACCUUUUUCCGAUUUAAUUAUCUUAAUCUUAAAUUAAAAAUGUUGAUUUUUGGUACCAGAUUGCAUACUUUGCAACGGUAAAUUCUGUCGUUUUGAUUUUUGUGUUUGUGAAACGCAUCGUUUUACGUAAUGGUGGUGAAGAUGAUGAAAUGGAGACCAUGGCCGUUACCGAUGUUGACCAAAAAGUAUGAAGUCAAGGUGGUGGUUGGGAAGCUUGAAGGUUGGUGUUCUAGCUAUGAUCAGAUGCGGGAGGGUCUAGGUGAAAAUCAUCUAGUUGAAGAUCAUGAGUUGAAGAAAUUAAUGGUUGAGAUUCGUUGGAAAGGUCCUCCAAAUAAUAAUAAAGUUCCUCUUAUGCGACGGAGGUCGGUGAAGAGGGAUUUAACUAAAGAAUACAAAAGAGAAGAUAAUCAAAACGGUGACGUUUUUGAGUGGAACGAUGAGUUUCACAAUGUUUGCUGUUUCUCUUCCUGUAAAGAUAAUUGCUAUUCUUUUCUUCCCUGGGAGAUCGAUUUUUCGCUUCUUGAUGGUUCAAAGCUGGGUCCAAAGAACAAGAUGUCUGUCCUUGCGACUGCAUCACUAAAUCUGGCUGAAUAUGCUUCUGUUACCGAGCAAAAGGAAUUUGACCUAAGCAUUCCUUUGGUAGUUUCAGGCAGUACAGCCGAUUCUUGUCCUGCACUACAUAUAUCACUGGUCCUGCUGGAACUUAGAACCGGGCAGGAUUCCGGAGAUUCACUCCAGAGGUCGAUUGUUCCCGUUUUAACAUCUCCUCAGGCUGGUGAAACACCUCCGGCAGGGAAGGAUGAAGUUUCUGCGCUAAAAGCGGGUCUAAGAAAAGUUAAAAUUCUUACAGAAUAUGUUGCUGCAAGAAGAGCGAAGAAGGCAUGCCGUGAGGAAGAGGGAAGUGAAGAGAGAUGCUCUUCUAGGAGUGAGGAUGGAGAUUACCCAUUUGAUUCGGACUCAUUUGAUGAAUUUGGUGAAGGAGAGAUUGAUGAGGGAAAGGAGGAUACUAGUGUUAGGAAGUCAUUUAGCUAUGGAACCUUGGCUUUUGCUAACUAUGUUGGAGGUUCAUUUUUCUCUAGCAGGCGAAUCCCUAGCGAGGAUGAAGAUUGGAUUUACUACAGUCAUCGAAAGUCAGAUGUCGGAUGCUCAGUCAAUGAAGAUCCUACUUUAUCGGCUAGUGAGCUGCCUGCUGUGCAGAGUUCAAAACGUAGUAUUCUUCCAUGGAGGAAGAGGAAACUAAAUUUCAGAUCCCCUAAAGCUAAAGGAGAACCGUUGUUGAAAAAGGCAUAUGCUGAAGAAGGUGGGGAUGAUAUUGACUUUGACCGGAGGCAGCUCAGCUCUGAUGAGUCGAUCUCAUUUGGCUGGCAUAAAAGUGAGGAUGAUUUGGCAGCAACCCGUCCAUCAAUAUCAGAAUUUGGUGAUGAUAGCUUUGCUGUAGGCAGCUGGGAACAUAAAGAAAUUGUGAGCCGCGAUGGACAGAUGAAGCUUUAUGCAGAAGUUUUCUUUGCUUCAAUUGAUCAAAGGAGUGAGAGAGCAGCUGGUGAAAGUGCUUGCACUGCGUUAGUUGCUGUUAUUGCCGACUGGUUCCAUACUAAUCGUGGCAUGAUGCCAAUCAAAUCUCAGUUCGACAGUCUAAUUAGAGAUGGCUCCCUUGAGUGGAGAAAACUUUGUGAGAAUGAAGCAUAUAGAGAAAGGUUUCCAGACAAGCACUUCGAUUUAGAGACUGUUCUGCAGGCCAAGAUUCGCCCUCUUUCAGUUAACCCUGGCAAGUCGUUCAUCGGGUUUUUCCACCCCGAAGAAAUGGUCGAGGGAAAGUUUGACUUUUUACAAGGUGCAAUGUCAUUCGAAGGGAUAUGGGAUGAGAUUAGUCAUUCUAAUUUCGAGUGCUCCUGCUAUGAUGAGCCUCAUAUUUAUAUUAUAAGUUGGAAUGACCACUUCUUUGUUCUCAAGGUGGAACUUGAUGCUUACUACAUCAUUGACACAUUGGGCGAAAGGCUUUAUGAAGGAUGCAAUCAGGCGUAUGUAUUAAAGUUUGAUCGAAACACCAAGAUUGUCAAACUCCCGGCUAAUUCCCAGCCGUCAGAUGAAAAAUCUGCAACAGAUCAACCCAUGUCUGGAAAUGGGUCUGAACAAAGAAACGAGCCUGUUGAACCCAAGGCGGAAGAGCCUGCGAAAAGCGAAGAAGAGGUACUAAUCUGUCAAGGAAAGGAGGCUUGUAAGGAGUACAUAAAGAAUUUUUUGGCAUCCCUUCCCAUAAGGGAAGUACUUACAGAUCUGAAGAAAGGGUUAUUAUCUUCGCCCCCGCUUCUCCGUUUUCAGGUAGAGUUUCACUUUACACAGUUUGCAUCAUCUGCACGAGCUGAGGCAUCGUCAGAUGCAGAAGUAGUGAAGGCAACUAUAAACUUGCCACACGGAAUGGAACUAUCGAUUUCUGAAGUUGCUGCUGCAUAGAGGUGUUACCAUGUAUAUCGUAGCUAAGGUUUUAACUGGUCUAACUGCUUUUUCGGGUGUUUCUGUUAUUGGCUUUGUGAGGGUUUCAUACGGGUUCAAGACAAGCAAGAUGUGCGCUCGUGUGAGCCUUUCUGUAGUGGCAUAUUUUUCUGCAAAGCUCUUAGGUUGGAUUUUCCCUUUGUGUUGAUAUUAGGAAAUGCAGUUACAUUUCCUUUUGUAAUUUUUCAUGGUACAACUUUUUACUACUAUUAAUCUUGUAAAGGGUCAGUUUGGAAUGAUACUAGACCUUUUGGAAGCUGAGAUUCAAACUUUAAAUUUUAAACUUUAAGUCAUUGGCCAAAUGUACUCUAUCAUGUUUUUUACUAUCAUUUAACUUAUCUACA